UCAUCUUGUCAUCAUGCAAUAAUGCUUCUCUUUAAACACGUGCCCCAAAACCUAAAUGCCUACUAUUGCUCAGAAUCAUACAAAGCAAAAGAUCUUUUAGAUGGUCUGUAGGUAAUGAAGUUUUUUUCUAGAAUACUGUAGGUAAUGAAGUGGUGUCCUAAAAUUCACUGGUCUUUUGAAGAAAUUAUGAAUGAAGUGCAUUUUUUGCAUAAGAUCAAUUACAUAAGCUUUAUCACCGCCUUUUAGAUGACCAUUACAAUAAGGGCAAUUGUACUGAAGUCCAUAACUACUUCAACUAUUGUUUUGUGUGGUUGAAGACUUGAGGCAGGUAAUGUAAUACCUUGUCCACUUCAUGAUAUCAGCCAUCUUAUUCGGCUACUUAAUCGGCUUUUAAGUCUAAAUGGAGGCAAUAGAAGAAUCUUACCCAAGCGCAAUCAAAGUGUGUGAUCAUGCAUGAAAAUGACCUGAUCUACAAGCCCCUUAUUCUCUAUGCCAUAUUUGUCUAGGAUCGGUUCAUCUACCAGAUUAAGUAGGCCCAUUGCCUCAGCUACACUCCAGGACAGUAGACAUCAGCACACAAGCAGGAAGAGGUCGCCAGAGAGUAAACUGGAAGAAGAGACUGCCAUGAACUACUGGGGAAGUCCAGGUACCUCGCCGGCAUGGGGGGCGGCACGCCACGGACCGUCUCCGAUGGUACCCCUCAUGGUGGUUCUGGCCUUGGGUUGGGUCAUCUGCAAUGAGACCCUGAUGGGGUGGUACGAGCAGGUGACCGAGGUGCAGGAAACCGUGACCGAAAACUCCUUCGUCUUGAUCCUCACCGCCGGGUUCCUCCUGGUCGCCAUCGUCAUUCUCAGCAGCCGGAUGGAGGUGGUCCUCGUGCCAGCAGUGCUGGUGCUGGUCAUGCUCUUGAUCCAGAACAUCGUUCUUGCCGUGCUCCUGCUGCUGCUGGCGCUGUACUUCGCCGGCAUAUAUUACAGCCCGCCCCACCGGGGAUACGGUGGCGGCAGCCUUGCCGCCAGUGGUGACUGGGCAGGCUCCGGGCUGGGCUUCUACAUGCUGCUGCUUCUUUGCCUGGUGCUGUGCGCCAUGUUCUCUGAGGAGGGUGGCAGCUGGUGGAUCCCAGGUGUGCUGCUGGCUGCAUGCCUGCUCUGCCUCAAUCUCUUCUCAGGUGGUAAAGUCAUGGGUUAUGAAUACUUUUGAACAUGUUUUCCUUCUUCUUCGUCUUCAGGACAGAGCUUGGUUAUUGUCUCAUGGCAUCCUAGAUAAGAUGAUGGAUGUGUAGAAACAAUAUAACUAGGACAGUAUAUAUUAGCAGUGCUAUUAACCUACAGUAUAUGUGUAUUAUUAGUAAAGCAGCCUUCGAAUUCAUCGAUAUAUUUUGUAAGACGAGGG